CAGCAGGACAUAGUCUACUCGCCCACGUUCCGGAUCCCUACGUUUUACUUCACUAUCAGCAACGCUCACGGAGUUCCACUCAACCUGGACAACGUUGUCCGGAUAGGCUUAUUACGGAGCGACGCUGUCCAAGACGCCCACAGGACGGUUUUUGCGCUCACCCGGCCGAGCGCGCCUUUUCCUUUGUUGACGCAAGGCGAUCAUCCCGUGCGGGGCUUCCCAGCGUGGUACUUGCAUCCGUGUGAAACUGCCGCCGCAGUGAACGAGAUUGUCGGAGAGUUGAAUCAGGAUGCGGUGUCGGAUUUAGACCGAGAUGUUCGGUGGUUGGAGGCUUGGUUCGUACUGCUUGGGAACGUAGUUGACCUUCGGUCGUAG